UUAAACAUUAAUUCCAGCCUGCAGGAAAGUCUGUCCCAUGCACUGUCCUCUUCCCAACUCAGCCGACAAUGUCGGGCAUCGGGGAAAUCCUGAAGGCAGUCGGGGAUUUGGGGACAUUUCAGAAGAGGCUGGUGCUCUUCUCCAUGCUGCCAUGCCUCAGCCUGGCCUUCCACCAGUUCUGCCAGCUUUUUAUGGUUCCAGACCUGCCUCACUACUGCAACACCAGCUGGAUCCGCGCCGUCGGCCCCAACCUGACCGAGGAGGAGCAGCUGAACCUCACCCUGCUCCGCGACGCGGACGGGGCGUACGAGCAGUGCUCCAUGUACUCGCCCGUCGACUGGGACCUGGGCUCCAUCGUGGCGUACGGCCUGAACGCCACGGAGAAGUGCAGCAGUGGCUGGGUGUACCCCUCAGCACAGCAGCCCUCCCUGCUCACCGAGUUCGACCUCGUGUGCGAUAAUAAGGACCUGAAUGACAUCUCGCAGUCUGUCUACAUGCUGGGGCUGUUCCUGGGAGCCAUGAUCUUUGGACCACUCAGCGACAGGAUCGGCCGCCGGCCAGUCCUUCUGAUCUCCAUCUUCCUCCAAGGCUUUUUUGGUUUGGGGAUUGCCUUUGUGCCCCAUUUCUACGUAUACAUGGCCUUCAGAUGUGUCGUGGGGGCUUCAGUGUCAGGGAUCACCAUGACUUUACUGGCCUUAGCUACAGAAUGGGUUGGGGUCUCCUAUCGACCACAUGCAGUGCUUAUUACUCACUGCUGUUUCGCCGCUGGACAAAUGAUUUUGGCUGGCUUAAGCUAUGGGAUUCGUAACUGGAGGUUGCUGGAAAUUGCAGGAUCUGCUCCUAUAUUUGCCCUUUUCUUCUUCACCUGGGUGCUACCAGAAUCAGCUCGGUGGCUGGUGACAAAAGGCAAAAUAGAAGAAGCUAAGAAGGUCCUUCAGAAGGCAGCAUCCAUCAACAAGCGCACCAUCCCCCCAGAUCUCCUUGAGCAGCUGAAGUGUGACACACAGACCAAGCCUGGAAGUAUUCUGGAUCUCCUUCGGAAGAAGCACCUCCUGAAGGUGACUUUAAUCAUGUCGUGUGCCUGGUUCGUUAACAGCAUCGUCUACUAUGGUCUGAGUCUGAAUGUGACUAAUUUUGGUCUGGACAUCUACCUGACACAGCUUGCCUUUGGAGCAGUGGAAAUCCCAGCCCGUGUUGGUUGUAUCUUCCUGCUACAGUGGUUUGGGAGGAGGAAAUCCCAGGCAGGCACCCUGCUGCUGAGUGGCCUGGUGUGUCUGAUCAUCACCGGCAUCCCUGAAGACGAGCCCAUGGCGAUCACUGUCCUGGCCACCAUCGGCAAGUUUGCCGCCUCAGCCUCCUUCUCCUGCUCCUACGUCUACUCUGCAGAGCUCUUCCCCACCAUCAUCAGGCAAAGCGGCGUGGGGCUGUGCUCGAUGGCGGCGCGGGUGGCAGGGAUCAUCGCCCCGCUGAUCCGCCUCCUGGAGAAGUACCACCGGGCCAUCCCCAUGGCCGUCUUCGGCAGUGCCCCUGUGCUGGGGGGGCUGCUCUGCUUCCUGCUGCCCGAGACCCGCGGCGCCGAGCUGGUGGAUGACACGAGGGGUGGCCGCCCCACGGCACAGGCCUGUGAAAAUGCCAACAGCAGCUCUGAAAAUGGACAAGUGAAAGUCAAAGAUGGUGGCCAAGACAAUGAAUACACUAAGACCACUUAUUUCUAGCUGGGCCUGCAAGCAGCUCUAAUUUGAGGCUGCCUGGUGCUGUGGCAGCACUGAGGACAAACAGGGUCUCCAUUUACAGUACACCACCUACCCUACUCAAGCAGCCACUGCCAAUUCCUGGCCUUAUUUUUCUUUUGUGCCUUCCUGUAUCUCCCUCUAUAGUUUGUCCUCAGACACUGCAUGCUGUCUUUCAUGUUCUACAGUGCUGUCACAGGAGAAAAUGCUUUUUAUUUAAAGAAAAGAGAAAGAAAUCUGAAGCCAGGAUGGAUGCAAUAUUUUCUCUUUCUUGUCCCAUCUCCAAGAAUGUGAGACUGUUAAUUUUCUCCUGUUGAGACACCUGCCAGAGUAUUGAAUAGACUGGCAAAGGAGCACUGUGUUCAGUAAAGAAAAGCCAGAGCAGAUGUAACACUGAAAACAAUCUCACACUUGCAGGAGUGAUUUCUCUUGACUGUCUAGCAUGGUUUUCUCACUCUCUCUUAAAACACUCUUUUUUUUUUUUUUAAGGUUUGAGAUACUGAACUGAAAAAAAAAAUAACAUGAUAGAAUAAACAGCAAGCAGUGAACGAGGAUGUCUAAGAGGAAGCAGAAUAUUUGCCUUGGUGCUGGUGGCUUUGAGUGAAAGGGUGUAGUGGUGUUUUGUGUCAGGCUGUGCUGGAGGACCACAUUAACUUAUCUGUUCUGGGAAACUGAGAGAUGUUGUGGCACUUGGUCUCUUAGAAGAAAAGUGCAAAUCUUUCUGGGAACUAUCAGAUCUAUUCUAUUCUAUUCUAUUCUAUUCUAUUCUAUUCUAUUCUAUUCUAUUCUAUUCUAUUCUAUUCUAUUCUAUUCUAUUCUAUUCUAUUCUAUUCUAUUCUACUCUACUCUACUCUACUCUACUCUACUCUACUCUACUCUACUCUACUCUACUCUACUCUACUCUACUCCUUCUUGCUAUAACAACCUAUACUUAAAUGUUUUAUAAACACUUUUGUCUUACAUUAUGAAGAAAAACAUGUUAUUUUCCUGUGCUUCCACUCCUCUUACUUCCUGUCCCACAAGAAAACUUUCUUUUACCUCUAGCUUUAUACAGACGGAGCCCAGAAGUUAUAUGCAAAGCUUGGACUGUGUACAGCUCAAAGGCUAUUUUCUAGUAACACUGUGAAGCUUUCAAAUGAGACAUUAUUUCUCCUUGUCAUGCCUACAUGUUUUCUUUGGAUUAAAGUAUCCCAUGGAUAUGCAGUUUGGUGAAGACAGCGCUCUGGAUAAAAUCAGUGACAUGCAACAGUCCCACCACAGAUGGCUAUGGUGCCAUCUUCAUUCUGGCAUUGCUCUCCACGGCAUUUGCUCAAUUUUGGCUGUGGUGCUCCUGUUCAGUGGACCUGAGCAUAGAGGUGCUCAGUCUUUUGAGUGAGAACACUCUUUUUCCUUUACAAAGGCUGGAGUCUGCCUCUUUCAGGCUUUUAUGGAAAAUCAGGAAUUGAGGGUAAAUGUUGAGGGAAGAGCUUGGAGUAAAACAGUUACUGAGUGAAACGUG